AUGUUUCUAUUCCACAUUUACAAUAUUAUUGAUCAUAAAUUAUCUGUUGCCAGGAAAAAAAUAAAAGUGUCAACUCAAGGAAUACUAAAAAAACUGACAAAAAACUGGAAAAAUGCUCCUGUUAGCAAGGUCAUUGCUGCUAAAAAGGCCCCUGCUACAACUGUUGAUACUGCUGGAAAAUCCACUGCUGCUGAAAUGGGCCCAGCUACAACUACUGAAAAGUCCUCUGCUGCAGAAAAAUCCCAUGCAGCAAGUUCUGCCAAUGCACAACAGAAGGCCCCUGCUGAAAUUAAAAAAAUCCUAUUAGGUGGUGAAGAAAUUGAGAUUGAGGAUGAAACAGAAGAAGAAUUGGAAAGACAAAGACAAGAAGAAUUGCAAAGGGAUGAGGAGUUGACAAGAAUAUUGAGAGAUGUUAAGUUGCCUGGCAUAUCAGCUAUAGCAACAGCUGCUGCAGCAAUUGCUGAAAACCUACCAGCAGCAACAACACCCAAAAAACCUGGGCGUCCAAGGGCUGCAACUGCAGUUGCAGAGAAACCUGCUGAGAAAACAGGGCGUACAAGGGCUGCAGUGGUCAGAAAAGACCUGCUGCAUCAGCCAAAGGUCCUGCAAAAAAAAAGAAAAGUCAUAGAUCAAGUGCCUUAUGAUGAACCAUCAGAGGAUGAAGAACAAGAAGAAGUCCCUGCAACAAGUUCUGCUCCUGCAGAAAAGAAAAUUCUUAAAAAAGUAGAACAAAAAGACAGUGAGGAUCCAGCUUUUGAUGCUGAAAAAGAAGAAGAUGAAGAAAGUGAGGAGGUGGAAGUAGUUCAAGAAAAGAAAACAACAUUGAAAAAACCAAAAGCUGAAGAAAAAAGAAUGGUUCUGUAUGAGAGGGAACCAAUAAAAAAGAUUGUGAAGAGGAAAACUGAAUUUUCAGUGGCUAAAAAAAAGAAGAGGAGGAAGAAAAGAAUGAAGAGGAAGUUGGAAGUUCGACAAGAGGAGGCCAUGUCAAAUUCAUGCAUUGGGUUAAGAAAAUGA